AUGGGCGUCAAGGUGACCGGUUCAACGUGCAUGGGGUCGACACCGCCAGAUGCCAGCCAGGCUGGCUUUUACGUGGUCGGUGGGAAAGGAGGUCCCGACGACUUCUCGGGCCUGCAAAAAUACACGUACUCGACCGGCGAGUGGACCACCAUCAAGCUCGCCGACCAGGUCACAAAGAAUAGACAGGGGCACGCAGCCACCUACAUCAAGGCCAAUGAUGCCCUUGUUAUGUACGCCGGCAACCAAGACGACAGCCACGGCCCCUCCUCGCAGACAUUUACCAUCCAGGCAUCCGAACCAUUCGCCGUUCAAGGACACGAAUCGAGCGCUCCACCCGCCGUGUCGCCCCUGAUGUUCAGCUGGUCAGACGCCGACGCCGCCAUGAUUGCCGGAGGCGGCGAUGCGCAAGGUACCAAAGUUUGGCUCUUCAACCCUGCCGCCCGCUGGAGAGACUCUGGCGCGAGCUUAAAACUGCCCCUUGAGGACACGACUUCCAAGCGACUCGCUCUCCACACCGCAGAGGACGGGUCCAAGUCUGUCUACGUGUUUAACAUCAAUGAAUCCCCCAUUACUGUUGAUCGAAUUCCUGUACAGGAUGAGAAUGGUGAUCCAAUCCACGACUCGUCUCCAGUCGCCAGGCGAAGCUUGGACGAGGCUGCAGCGCAAUCAAAACGCCUCUUGGCGCGGAACAACUGGCCCAAGUACAACUCGACUUUUGCGCCCGAGAGCAUGGGACCGGACGUCGUCAUGACAUCAGGCCCCGACGGCUUGAUAGCAUUCGCGAGCAAGUACAGCCUUGAGUUUUUCGACGCAAAGGACAAUAGCUGGAUAAACGCCACCGCCAUGCUGGGCGAAAAAGAGCGGCAAGUCAAGCUGUUUUCAACGGGCACUAUCUCGGCGUCCUCCUCUUCAAUAACCUCGUCGUCAACAUCGGCCACGUCUUCGAUGACCCGGACGACCUCGGGCUCCACAGCGGCGGCGACUAGCUCGAGCGCUGCGACGGGUCAAAACAAGCAAACGUCGGACUUGAGCUCCAAUGCCAUUCUUGGCAUCACCCUGGGCUGCGUCUUGGCCCUGAUGGCUCUGCUCGGUCUCUUGCUGUUGGUUCUGCGGCGACGGAAGAGCCGCCGGCAAUCUCCAGAAGUUGACGGUGCCGCCGACGAAAAGGACUCGACGGCUUUCGCUCAGAGUGCAAUGCCCACCAGAUCGGCCGGUCAGUUUCGCGGCCACUAUCCGAAGGCGUCUCACGAGUCGUGGUCAUCCAUGGCCAUUCUGAUGGGACGCGUGGGCAAAGACAGACCCGGUCUAAGCAGGAGGCUGAGUAACGGCACAAAUCGGAGCUCUGUCAGCUCACUGCACAAGAUCCUCAAGAGCACCAUCAGCAAGCCCAUUCCGCAAUCGACCACUCAUCCGGCCCUCGUCGGGCAGGAUGAAAGAAACGUCGCGUUCGCUCCGGACGUGGGUAAGCCGCGGCCGCGGCCUCGGAACCUGCCCGCAGAGGCCAACGACAGCACUCGCAGGAGCUCUGGCUGGAAUCGUUACUGGUCUGGCGGAAGCGCGCUCCAGAUGCUCGGACUGGGACCUGCAAAGAGGAAUACGGCUCUCUCGGAUCAGAGUUCUCGUUACUCCGAGGCCGGGAACCCUAUCAAGGUCCGCCAAGACUCGGCGACUGUGCCGCCCUUGAACCUGGAUGGGCGGCCUGAAGUCAGCAACGUCGUCUCCGGCAGUCCAAUGGUGUCGCAAUUCGCCAACGACGUGCGCUCGGAAGGCAUGACGGGCAAGAUUGUACGCCUCGCGUCUCGCGGGUCAUCGGGCUACUCGAGUGGCGUACCGGAGAGCGUCAACGAAACUUGGGACCCCGCCGAGGCGGGCAACUGGGGCGCCAACCGAGCGCCGGCAGCCAGUGCCUAUGCUCCGAGUUACUACUUUGGAGCCUCGGGCGGCGCCGUUGCCCGGCCGCCGCCUCCCUCGGGCGUGAGCCAGCAACCUCAGCUUGCCAUGGCUGCCACGUCGUCUGACAUGAGCUGGCUCAACCUCGGAGACCAAUCUCGACGGUAG